AUGGCGUCCAACGACAAUGAACAGGCUCCGCCGAGCCAGAACGACGGGCAACAGGACACACCGGCUGGAAACAAUCUCCGCCGUCGCGUUCUGACCGUGGAUGGCGAGGUCAAAUACGAUGAGCCCCCCUUUAAGCACGCCAAUCGCGAUGUCAUCACCGAAGCCUCCUUCGUCAGCUACAUGCUUUACGCCUGGUGCCAGCCCCUCGUCUCCUAUGGCCGCCGCAUCCUCUUUACUGCUGACGAUGUCUUUGCCCUCCCCGAUGAGCAAAACCCAGAGGCCGACGCCUCCAUUCCACGCGUGCUCUUCCGCUGCUACAAAAAAUCCAUGUUGACUGCCAUUUUCGUCGCCACCCUCUUCAUUAUCGUCUCCCUCUUCAGCCCCCUCUAUGUCCUCAAUCUCCUCAUCCGCUACCUCCAAGACAACGGCGCCUACACCGACUCGGUCGGCUACGGCAUCGGGCUGGCCUUUUCCCUCGCCGCCUGCGAAAUUCUGCGCUCUCUCUGCGUCAACAUGUACUGGUUCUCGGCCUCUCGCUAUGCCGUUUCCUUUCGAGCCAUCAUCUUCUGUGCGUCAGCCCUUGACCCCCUUUUGUUCGCCUGUCCCAAUGAAGUUGCGGUUUUCCACUUGCAUACCCGUAUGCCCUCAUAUCGACUGAUCAUCCUCCCAGGUGCUGUGUAUCGCAAGUCCCUGCGUCUGCGCGAUCUCGGCCGCUAUUCGGUCGGCGAACUCGUCAACAUUUGCAGCAACGACAGCCAGCGAGUGCAUGAUGCCGCCGUCUUCUCGGCCUUUAUCUAUAUUGCCCUCGUCACUGGCCUAGCCGUCAUGGUCUCCAGCUCCCUUGUGCUGGGUCCCGCUGCCUUGGCCCGUGUUUUUGUUUUCUUCCUGAUGAUUCCCAUUCAAGUGGUGUUUGCCAAGCAAACCGGUCAAUUGCGUCGCAAGGCCAUGACCUUCACAGAUGCUCGCGUGGCCCUCAUGAAUGAAAUCUUGUCCUGCAUCAAGCUCAUCAAAAUGUAUGCAUGGGAGGGCUCUUUCUCCCAUAAAGUUGACGAUCUGCGUGAAUCCGAGGCUACCUACCUCCGUCGCGCCGCCAUGUGGCAGAGCAUCACCGUCUCCCUUGUGCCCGUCAUGCCCGCCGUGGCAGCGCUUGUCACCUUUCUGAUUCAGGCUUAUACCGAGGGCACGCUCAAACCCGAUGAGGUGUACACCGUGCAAGCCCUCUUCAACGUCCUGCGCUUCUCCUUGGCCGUUUUGCCCAUGGGCGUGAAAGCGGCAGCCGAGGCCAAGCAGGGCGUCAAACGUCUCAAGAAGUUUUUGCUCCAAAACAACGAACGCAUCCCCUUGCAGCCCCCUCCACGCGACGAUCUGGCCAUCGAGUUUGUAACGGCAGAUAUUGCAUGGCCUGGAUUGCCGCCCAAGCCCAAGUCAAAGGCCGCCGCUGCCCUUGAGCGGAAAAACUCCAAGCGUGCAUCGCGAAAGGCGAGUUACCGCGCCGUCGACUUUCGCAUCAAGCACGGCGAACUUGUGGGCUGCUGUGGAGCUGUGGGGGCGGGUAAAUCCACCCUUUUGGCCACGCUGCUUGCCGAAACGCUCGUGAUGAACGACGUUGGUCGUGCCCACAUUGACGGCGACGUGGCCUACGUCAGCCAGCAGGCAUGGAUCCAAUCCUCGACCCUACGGGAUAAUAUCCUCUUUGGCUUACCCUUCAAUGAACGACUCUACCGUAACGUGGUCUUUGCCGCAGGGCUCGAGGCUGAUUUCCGCCAGCUCUCGGCGGGUGACCUGACCUUUAUUGGCGAACGCGGGCUUAACCUGUCUGGUGGGCAGAAGCAGCGAGUCAGCCUGGCUCGGGCGCUCUAUGCCAACCAGGACGUGUACUUGCUUGAUGAUCCCCUCAGCGCCGUCGACGUGCACGUGGGUGAGCACAUUUUUGAGUACGCCAUUUGCGAAACGCUCGCCGAAAAAACUGUGCUUUUUGUCACGCAUCAGCUGCAGCACCUGAGUCGCUGCGAUCGCGUACUCUUUCUGCACGGGGGACGUGUGCACAUGGGUACCUACCGCCAGCUCAUGAACACGAACCGAGACUUUGCCAGCCUGGUGGAGCAUCACAUGCGCCAGGUGACUGAUUCUGACGGUCAAGCUAACCAUGGUUCCAGAAAUGCCCGCCACGGCACGGUUACAACGGAAACGUCCGACUUCACGAUCAACCUGCAGGAUGAGCCUGUGGCCCGCCGUCGUGAAAGCCUGGGUGUGUCCCCUGCGCAUCACAGGGGUAGCCGUCAUUCCGUUCAUGACCUAGACCACGAGGAGCGCUUGCGUCCCGAUCCCAAUCUUCGCCUGGGUGACCCUGAAAGUCUCGGCACCAAACUGCUGCAAGAAGAAGACACGGGCCGUGGCUCCGUUGGGGGGCGCACGGUUGCGGACUACUUUCGCGCAGCCGGUGGCAUCUGGCUCUUUUCCUUCAUCAUCUUUCUCUUCUUUGUUGCCAUGUUUGCACGCACCUUCAGUGAUUACUAUCUCAGCUACUGGAUCCGUCGUGGUGAUGGAACCAGCACGACGGGCAGUGUUGCAGACAAUCCCCAUUUGGACACAUAUGCACUGGUUUUUGGUAUGACCGUGGCGGCAUUGCUGGUCUUCCAAGUUGUCCGUGGCUACAUGUACUGCCGGCAAACCAUUCGCGCUGCCAGCGCCAUGCACGGAUCGCUCUUUCGCGCCGUUGUGUGUGCCCCCAUGUCCUUUUUUGAUACAACUCCCACCGGUCGCCUCCUGAAUCGCUUCAGCAAGGAUAUGGAUGAAGUUGAUACG